CACAGGGGAGCGUUCAUUGCGAGAGUACAGCCUAAUCCCCGUUCCAACGUCGCUAAUAACUUGCAGUGGCCAUGGCCGAACCUCAGCCUGCGUCUGGCGGCCUCACUGACGAGGUCGCACUCAGUUGCUGCUCGGACUCAGAUCCCAGCACCAAGGAUUUUCUGUUGCAGCAGACUAUGCUGCGAGUUAAGGAUCCUAAGAAGUCGUUGGAUUUUUAUACUAGAGUUCUUGGAAUGACGCUACUCCAAAAAUUAGAUUUUCCUACUAUGAAAUUUUCACUCUAUUUCUUGGCUUACGAGGAUAAAAAUGAUAUCCCCAAAGAUAAAAAUGAAAAAGUAGCAUGGGUAUUCUCCAGAAAAGCUACCCUUGAGUUGACACACAACUGGGGCACUGAAGAUGAUGACACCCAGAGUUAUCACAAUGGUAAUUCAGAUCCUCGGGGAUUUGGUCACAUUGGAAUUGCUGUUCCUGAUGUACAUAGUGCUUGUAAAAGAUUUGAAGAACUGGGAGUCAAAUUUGUGAAGAAACCUGAUGAUGGUAAAAUGAAAGGCCUGGCAUUUAUUCAAGAUCCUGAUGGCUACUGGAUUGAAAUUUUGAAUCCUAACAAAAUAGCAACUCUUACUUAGUUCUAUGAAAAUGUUUCUUUGAGAUGUCAGUGAGGAUGGAAAUAAGAAUGGAAUAAUGUGACUCAAGAUACUCAGAGAACAGAAACACCCAGGAUUGAUGGAACUGUGUCCCAAUUCAAAUCAUUCUUAAGUCCUUUUCUCUUUUCAGCUGUAUUUUUCAUCUAUUCAUUCUAGUUUUAAAGUAGUGCUUUAUUUUAUGACCUUGAAUGUAGUUGUGUAAGUUUACUUUUUAGGUAAUAAUUAGAACAAUUCCCUUUAGAAGCUGCAUUUGCUGCCUUUUAGCUCUUAAAUAUUACCUCUCUUCAAGUCUUCCUUUGAAUCAUCUUUUUUUAAAAAAAAUUAACCUUUUUUUGUGGUGGAUAUCUUCUGGGGUUUCAAUUCCUCAGAAAUAACUUCAGGAUGGAAAGUAAAGAACACUGAACAAAAAUGAAACUUCAUAUGUACUUCAAACAGUAUCAAGUGUUUAUUUUAUAAAAGAGAGGGUACUCUUGAGAGCCGUUCAGAACCAUGCUGACAAGGAUACUGAUAGAAAACCUAUUAUUUAUUUAUAAAAUACUUUUCAAGUUCAAGAACUAAUUUCAUUUAUUUGGGAAUGAGGAGGAGGAGUGGUAGAGUAUUUACUGGAUACUCAGACAUCAGACAAGGCUGUAGCAUACUGUUUGUCAUUUAAUAUUCUAUCUUAUAUAAAAGAAAGUCUAGACCUGUAAAAUAACUUUAAUGAAUUGAAGGCAAUGCAAGUAGUCAAGAUCUCAUCAUUAUCUUAGUAUUUAGAGUAUGCCUCAAAAUUAAACCUCACCAUACCUCCCACACUAGUUUCCUGCUUUGAAAACCUGCAGAGUUCACACAUGGUGCCCUUGGCUCUUGGACUUGAGUGCCAUGUUGAGGGAAGAAGUGUAGGUGUCUAUCACAAGGCUGCUCUAGGGACACCCACUCACCCCUGCACAAGUGAUGUUUAUAUUACUUAAGUACUCUUCUUUUCCCUAGGUCUUCAUGAUUCCAAGAAUCAUGUUCACUGGUAACAUCACGUAAUUACCAGAAAGCAGCUGAGACACUUGGUGGCUUUCAAAAAAUCAAAAUGAGUUUGAAGAUCUCAUGUCCUAGAGAAUAAAAACACCUAAACUACAUUUAGGUUUUCUGAAGAUUCUAGUGGAAGACCUUUGGAUAGGCCACGCCAGUUGCUCUUGCACUGCUGGAAGCACUUUACAUUUCCUUUUUGGAUGAAAUGGAUUCACAUGAAUAAUUUAAGCAACUAGCAGUACUUAACAGACUGAAAUAAAAUAAAUUUUAAGACUAUUUAAUUGGUAAACUUCUGUCCAGCAAGUUCUUUCUUAUAAAAGGCUCCCCUUAGUACUGAAAAGGAUUUGAAAAGGCUUGCAAGUUCGAUCUGAACCAGGAACAGCCUGUAAAGCAGGUAGCUGGUAUGGUUACGGAACUGGGAAAGGUGGGAGGACAGUAGGGAGUAAAGGAUUGUGGUAGAUAAAGUACAGAGAAUAAAAAGACCAACUAUUAAAAGAUGAGUCAUGGGCUGGGGAUUUAGCUUAGUAGUUCUGGCUCCUGCCCCGCAAGCACAAGGAUCCAAGUUCGAUCCCCAGUACCAAAAAA